AUGGCCCCUCAACUGCACCGCAACCCCCCUUUCCGUGCUGAGCACCUGGGCUCUCUGCUUCGGACCGAUGAUCUUCUAAAGACCAAGAUUGCUUUCGAGAAGGGCGAGGUCUCCAAGGCUGAGUUGGAUGUCAUUGAGAACAAGGAUAUCAAGGAGGUUGUUGACACACAGAAGAAGCUCGGCUAUGCCGCCAUUUCUGAUGGAGAGUAUCGCAGACACAUGUUCUGGGGUACUUUCUUCCCUGGCUUGGACGGAUUCGACGAGGUGACCGAUUUUGACGCCGACAUCUUCCGCCCGUAUGCGCCUGAUGUCGCUGCCUUCCUCGAGGCCGGCCACAAGCCUGGUGAGACCGUCCUGUGCACCGGCAAGAUCAAGCACGUUGGCAGCACGUAUGUCGAUGAGUUCAAGUACCUGGCCAGCGUGGUUCCCGCCGAUGAAGUCAAGAACCUGAAGAUCACUCUUGCCGCUCCUAACUGGUAUCACUUGCGUUACAAGGAGGGCAAGGCCUACCCCAAGGAUGUCUACAGCUCCGACGAGGAGUACUUCGGCGACAUCGCCAAGGCCGUCCAGGCUGAGCUGCAGAUCCUCUAUGACGCUGGCUGCAGGAACGUUCAGUUCGAUGACCCCAACCUUGCUUACUUCUGCUCCGAGAAGAUGCUUGCCGGGUGGAAGGAAGAUCUCCUGAACGUACGCUCCGCCGAUGAGACCUUCGAGCAGUACAUCAAGCUGUACAACGACUGCGUCGCCAAGCGUCCCGCUGACAUGCACAUCGGUGUUCACCUUUGCCGUGGUAACUUCGUCGGCAGCCGUCACUUCUCCGAGGGUGGCUAUGACCGCAUCGCCACUAAGCUCUUCAAGGAGCUCAACGUUGAUACCUACUACCUCGAGUACGACACCCCCCGCGCCGGUGGCUUCGAGCCCUUGAAGGAGCUCCCCACCCACAAGAACGUUAUCCUUGGUGUGGUGACCAGCAAGUUCGCCCAGCUUGAAGACAAGGAGGAGAUGAAGAAGCGCGUGUACGAUGCCGCCAAUUUCAUCGCCGAGGGCAACAACAUCUCCUUGGAGCAGGCGCUCAACCAGGUCGGCGUCAGCCCUCAGUGCGGCUUCGCCAGCCACAGAGAGGGCAACGCCAUCGACCGUGACGGCAUGAUCGCCAAACUCAAGCUUGUCCGUGAGAUCGCCGACGACAUCUGGCCCGGUCAGCUGUAAAUCAAAUGGCCAAAACUUUCGGUAAAGCUACUGCCACAAAGGAGGUCUGCCCCUUCCAAGGCCAGACUCCAACUCUCCUGUCGAUUUCAACAAUGAACGUGGAGUGAUGAGACGAACGUGACGACAACUUUUGUGUGUUUAGGAUACCACUUAUUUAACAUAUGGUUUUAAAAAUGUACAGUGUUAGUGCAAAUAUGAUUGAGCUAU